AUGGUACCACAAGGACCAAAUGAUCCCAUUCCAAUUAUUAGACAAGAACAAGAAGUAAACUUUGAUGGAUCCUAUAAGUACUCUUAUGAAACUGGUAAUGGUAUCAUAGCUGAAGAGGAAGGCUAUCUUAAAAAUGCCGGCACCGAUGCAGAAGGACAGCUUGCACAAGGCUUCUUCUCAUAUACCUCACCUGAAGGCAUACCAAUACGUUUAACAUAUUUAUCAGAUGAUGGUGGAUUCCAACCACAAGGUGAUCAUUUGCCCACACCACCUCCAAUUCCACCAGCAAUACAAAAAGCUUUAGCUUACUUGGCCACUGCUCCACCACCGCAAGAUCAACCACGUCCCUUUGGUGGACAAAGAGGUUAAAACUACUUGAAUUAAUUUCCAUAAAAAUGCAAAGUUAAUGGAGAAAUAAUAUGAGAGGGAUCGAAAGCGAGGGAGCUGAGAACACACACAAAAUUUUCGAAGUACGAAUAAACACCUAUGCUGCCACUAUGAAUUUUUUUUUCAGUGAUAUAGAACUAUAAACUACAUAAUUUUAAUAUAUUAUUUUUAGGAAAUA